AUGUGUUAUUCAGCCCUACAUUUUUCCCACGCGGAUCACACGGAAUCAGCCUCGAUUCGAAUGACAAGCGGGACCUCUUCCCAGGAGAACCCAGUCACAUCGGGAGUGUGUCAAGACCCGCCAGGGUACUACUAUCGGCCGGGGACGGGCGCGGGGCGGCUGAGGUGGCACAUUCACCUUUUGGGGGGUGGGUGGUGCGCGUCGGAGGGGGAAUGCGUCAACCGAACGCUCACUAGCGUUGGCUCGUCCAAGAAUUGGGCCGCCGAUCCCGAGUUGCGCAAGGGAGAUCAACACGCGCCUAAGAUGCGCGGAAUACUGUCGGAGAGGAGGCGCAGCAACCCCGCGUUCCACUCGUGGAACCUCGUCGUCAUGCUCUACUGCGAUGGCGGCGGGUACAUGAGCAUACGCGGCCCUGUGCGCGUGCCCGUCGGACCCGGGAAGCAGCGCAUGAUUCACAUGCAGGGGUGGAACAACGUACAGGCGGUGAUGCAUGACAUAAAAGUCAACCGAGGAGCAAACGCUGCGACACAGGUUCUGCUGUCGGGGAGUUCGGCGGGUGGGCAGGCGGUGAUAAUGCUGUGCGAUCGCAUGGCGGCUGCCUUCCCUGCUGCUGUCACCAAGUGCCUCUCUGACUCUGCCUUCAUUACUGAUGCCAAGGAUAGAUGGGGAAAGCGUCAUGCGCGGCAGUAUGUGAAAGCAGUUGCAACGACACACAACAUUAAAAUCCCUAACUGCUACACAGGAGGGAAGGUACAACGCAGUUGGAUGUGCUUCUUCCCUCAAUACGCCCUCAAAUCCGUUUCCACGCCCAUAUUCCUCUACCAGUCGCUAUUCGACAAGAUACUGAUCGCUUACGCACCGCGGGACAUGGAGCUGCGGCUGGUGAACGGCAUGGUGCUGAAGGUGCAGCUGGCGGAGAUGGCGGGCGGCGUGGGGGAGCGCGUGGCGGCGUUGGAGGCGAAGCUGAGGGAGCAGGGCGACGCCAUGGCUGCCAUGCAGCGCGACAUGGCCGACAUGCGCCGCGCCAUGGCCCUCCUCAAGGGCAUGGCGGCGACGGGGGCUUCGGCGGAAAAGAGUGAGGGGGAGGGUGCGGGAAAAGGGAGUGCGUCGGGGGAGGCAGCGGAGGGUGUUGGCACGCGGCGGAUCAACGCUUUUGCUGCGCUGGAAGUGGAGGAGGUGAAGGCGCAGGUGGAAGCGACGAGGGGAGAGGCGCGGGAGAUGCGCGGGGAGAUGGGCACGCUGAAGGCGGAGCUUGCGCGGAUGAGGGCUGCGGCGGAGCGGCAGGCGGCGGAGGUGGCGUACGUGAAGGCGACGGCGGCGCACUCGGAGGCGCGCAUCAACGACGCCGAGCUGGCGCUCGCCGCCAUCAAGGACCAUGUGGGGGCGGAGAGUCGCGAGGCGAAGAGGCGGAAGAGGGACGAGGCGUGCAAGCAGGAGGAGAUGGAAUACACUCCUGCGGGGGCUGGGAUUGGGCUUGUUGCCGUUGGCGGUGCGCCUGGAGGAAGCCGUGUUGAGGCGAAACGGGCGGGCAAAGCAAAGGAUGAAGGGAGUAGCGCGGCGGCGGCAGAUAAUGAGCUGCGGGGGCUGAGGGCGCGAGUGGAAGCGCUGGAGAAAACGAGCGAAGGAGGAAGCAAGACGUGGGAGGAACUGAUCGGAGUCUGGACCAAGGUUUUUCCAGGCCGGUCGCGCAUGGACCUGAGCGGCGUGUCCCUGCUCACAGACACCGCCCUCACUCGCCUCACCUCCAUGCGCUCCCUCGCAUGGCUCGACCUCAGCGGGGCCUCGGGGUUCACUGCAGUGGGACUGAGACACGUCUUCUCUCUCACCAGCCUGGGACUUCUGGAUCUGACCGGUACAAAGACAACGGAUGCGGCUCUUGAAGGCAUCGACGGGCUCAAGAACCUUCACACGCUCGACCUUCGUAGCAACCUGGUCACAGACGUGGGAGUUCAGAAGCUGCUGGCAAUGACUCAGCUCACGGACCUGAAUGUUUCUGAGUGCCCUGGUGUCACCUCGGCCAGCAUGGAGCAUGUGGGCGAGUUGACAGCACUGACAUCCCUCAGGCUGCACGACACUGGAGUGACGGAGGACGGGCUGCAGCACUUAAGUGCUCUCACCGCACUCAAGCUCUUCACGGUGCCUCCAGGGGUGACUGAUUCCGGCAUGAAGCUGCUGAGGAACAUGAAGCGCCUGGAGAGGCUCGGGCUGUGGGAUGCGAAUGUCACUGUCGCUGGCCUCAAGUGGCUCAACGGGCUCAAGAGCCUUCAGGUGAUUGCCACGGAAACUGAAGAUGUUGAAUGCCUCCUCAGGGACCACUUCCCUGGGAUGAUUGUCACACCUGGUCCACUUUGA